CUCUAUGAUUAGGCUGAAAUAUUGACAACUUUUAAUUUGAAAUGCAGAAUAACUCCUGAGAGGAUCUAUUUUCAAUCUUUAGUGCGCAGCCGAUACACAGGUUUAUAUACCACAGACGUCCAAUGCUUAACCUGGAAGGCAGGAGUUUUCAUGUUUAGACACUUUUUAAAUAUAUUUUUUAAUCAAAUUUUUCUUUUUCUUUCUGUAAGGUGGCUACGUGGAGCCUCCUCCUGCCAUUCCCCAAGCGGACGCUAGCAGCUGUGGAGCGCGAGCUUUCCAGCUGCGCGCGGACUCCUUCCCAGUCCCUGACAGCUCGUGCAUGCAGGAGAGCGCCUUUAACGACAUCCAGCAGCAGUUUGGGGACAUUAUGUUGCCCAGCAACGGCUAUAGUGGCAGCAACAACAAUAACAACAACAACAACAACACCAGCAGCAGCUACAGCGUCUCCCUGCCUCCACCUCCCACCUUCCCGCUGUCCUGGUGCCAUGGGCUCUCCUCUGACGCGGACUACUAUGGUCAUGGCAUGGCUCCCUGUUCCCCACCAGAGUCGUUGAAGCUCUCCAACCCCAUGGAUUACAACAGCUACUCGCCACAGGACUCUUUCUCCUCUUCCUCCUCCUCCUCCUGCUACGACUCACCCACCAGGAUGGAGUCCAGCUACCACAGCUUCACCUCCGAGCACUACCACUAUCAACAUUGCAACCUCCAGGACUGUUACUGCCUGCCCCACUAUUGGCCCGGCCAACAGGAGAGCUUCUCUGCCCCUGAAUAUGCACCUUACUACACCCCCACGGACUAUCCAUACACAUCUCCUGUGGAAGAGAAUUUUUUUAAGAGGGAUUUGCAGAUGAGCUCGGAAAUGUGUUACAAUGUACUAUGAUGAGACCCUCAGCAGUAUUGUUUUGUCUUAUAAUAUUAUAAUAUUAUUCAGGUACUCAGGAAGGCUGUUUGCUUGAUGGUCUUCUUUGCAUUUCACUGUGUGCUCUGACUGGCUCUUGCUUUGGUGAAUUGAAUAUGAUGAAUGUUGAAUGGAUGGAUAGACCCAUAUUUUUGUAUCAAUUACUUUUUUACUACUAAGAUUUAUUUUCAUACAUGCAAUGUGUCGCUCUACUAAAUAAAAUUUUUGUUUU